AGUCAUGGGUAGAAUUUCUCGAGAGGGUAGAAGGUUGUGUGUGACCCGGAAGGACGGUGGAAAGGAAACAGCGUGGUGUUCUUACGUAGUUAUUGUAGGGAGUUAGUGCUGCUAUAUGAAUGGAGUCUGUGAACUCAGAAGAGCCACAUCUUAGACAUGUGGAGAAGGAUGUAUUGAUACCCAAAAUGAUGAGGGAAAAGGCCAAGGAACUUUGCUCAGAUAAGGUAGAAGCAUUCACCGAAUGUUGCAAAGAAGGUGGUUUCUUCAUGGUUUUUAAAUGUCGGAAGGAAAAUGCUGCAUUAAAAGACUGCCUAACUGGCUAUUACAAGGAUCCAGCAUUUUUUGAAGAGUGCAAGGAGGAGUAUUUGAGGGAACGGGAAGAAUAUAGACGCACUGGUAUUUCUUCCAAAUACAGAAAACAGAACCUACCUACCAAUACAUAGCCUAUCAGCUGCACACAAACUCUCAUGGAACGUUUUGAGGAGUGAACGCUUACAAUUCAGAACAUUUUGUAAUGAACUGAAAGGAGCUGUAAGGAUAUUGUUUUUCAGAAUAUGUAUGUAUAUACAUGACAUGAUUUUUACUAUAAUGUGUUCUAAAGAAGACAUCUGAAGAUCCUUUGAAGUGUUGUAUCUGUAUUCCUUCCUUACUACUAAUUUUUGUUUUCUGUUUCCGUCUCCACUAGAUGACUACACUAUAUGAACUGUUGACCUCUCGUUUCUUAACAUGAAUGUAGAUAUUUUCCUAAUAAUAAACUAAACCCUUGAAUACA